AGUGUUUAUUCGUCAACUGUGUUAAUAUUAUCAGCGACUGAUACUAAAAAUUACGUAAACAUAAAUAUUUAUCAAGCUGACGCACAUCACACAUGUAAUCAUUUACCGGCCAGUUGUGUACAUAUUUUGUGUCUGCACAGACAUGUCCGAGAAAAAAAUAGCGGUUGUGACCGGCUCGAAUAAAGGAAUCGGAUUCGCUAUCGUUCAAGGUCUAUGUCAACGAUUCGAUGGCCUCGUCUACCUGACGUCACGAAACGAAGAGUUGGGGAAGGCUGCCGCUGCCAAGCUUAAACAACUGGACAACCCACCUCACUAUCAUCAACUUGAUGUUUCUGACAAGGAGUCAAUGCUCAAGUUCAGAGAUUACAUCGAGGACAAACAUGGAGGUAUUGACAUUUUAAUAAAUAACGCCGGUGUCAGCGGAGCGCUCCAAACUUCAUACGAGGAUUGCAAAAGGGUAAUCGACAUUAACUUUGGUGGCAUAGUAAAUGCACAAGAAUACCUCUUCCCUUUGUUAAGAGAUAACGCCAGAGUUUUGAAUAUAUCUAGCGACUGUGGUCAUCUUUCAAACUUGAAGAAUAUGGAGUGGAUUAAAAGACUGAGCAAGAAUGAUUUGUCGAAGAGUGAUAUUGAUGAGUUCGUGAACUGGUAUUUGGAAUCUAUGAAAACGGGUACUUUUAAAAAGGAUGAUUUCGUUGACGGUGGGUUGAUUGCUGCGUACAGAGUGGCUAAGAUAGGUGUUUGUGCUUUGACGAUGAUACAGCAGAGGGAGCUCGAGCCACGGGGGAUAUCAGUCAACUCCAUGCAUCCUGGUCUAGUGAGCACCAGCAUGACAAUGGGCAUAGGAUUUUUAACGCCCGAUCAAGCGGCAGAAACUCCAUUAGAUCUGGUUCUGGAUGCACCUGCGAGUCUGCGAGGGAAGUACGUGUGGUACAACGGAGAAGUCGUGGACUGGUUCGACUACAAAACUGACAAGUACUACUUCAGGUCUGCGUCACUUGGCAAACAGUUAUUGAAGAAUUUAACGCGGCUGCCAGCGGACGUGUUAUGUUCGCCUUCAACGUGGGUGGGAGUGCUAGCAAUGGUCCUAAUCGUAGUGAUAACCAAAAUUUUCCAAUAAAGACAAUUAAUUUAUAAUUCAUACACAAUGAUUCGCUUUCUCGUGGGUGUAUUUUUAUUGUUGUUAUUCUUAUGACCUUUGAAUGAUAAAAUUGUAUUAAAAAGUCAAAAAUACGAGUAAUUUGUUAGAUAUGUUAAGUGUAAUAUACAAUUAAUUAAAGUUCUUAAACGCCUUUGUUUUUAUUUCAUUU